CUUCCUCAGAGCUGGACAGAGGAACCAGAGGGAAAAUCCACCUUCCCAAGCACAGCCAUAACAUCCACUUCACUGACUACUUGUCAAGUUCAAUACCAACACAAAGGGGGCUCAGAAAACCAAGAAGGAAUGUCGAGUGAUGAUAAAAAUAAACCUAGUGAACCCAAGAAUGAACCCAAGCAGUGUGAUCCCAGGUGUGAACCAAGGUGUGAACCUAAAUGCCAGCCCAACUGUUUAAAGAAGCUGCUGCAACGGUGCUCUGAAAAGUGCCCACCCCCAAAGUGCCCACCACCAAAGUGUCCUCCGUGUGCCCCGUGCUCUCCAUCAUGCCCCCCACCUUGCCCUCCACCAUGCCCUCCACCGUCAUGUCCAGCUCCCUGCUCUCCCAAGUUGUGUCCCAAGCCCUGCCCUCCUAAAUGCCCACCGCCCUGCCCACCCCCAGAGUGAGGCGCCAAGGACAUGACCCAGCCCACCAUCUUCACCAUCUCCACCAUGUCCACCACUGUAGGGCUGAGAGCUUGAAGCCAUGAACUAAUAAGUAAACAUGUUCCUCUGCUGUGCA